AUGCCGGAGCAUUACAGCAAGUGGAAGCUGAACAAGUCCGAGCAGAAAAAGGUGGACGACGAGGAGCAAGCUUUGGUUGCGCAGCUUAUCAGAGCAGGAAAGACCAAAAAUGAAGCGCAGCAGCAAGCAGCCCAGGCAAAGGAAGUACAGGUGAAGGCAAUGAAAGAGGCAAAGAUGCAGAGAAGUCAAGCCAAAAAGGCUGGCAACCCCCCUGCAGCUGCAGGCGGGAUGCCUGGGCAGCCUGCUGCUUUGACCAAUCUCAACAUGCCCGCUGACGCCCAAAAGAACCAGGGCUACUAUGAGUCGCUGAUGGAGGCCAUCAACACCAUUUUGAAAUGCCCGAAGUUCUCCGACAUCCGGGUUGCCGAACCGCUUGCCAUCACUGAUGGAGUUGACGCUUCGUCGGGCGUGCAGGCCAUCACUCGAAGAUUCCGCUUCAGAGACUGA